CCCCGCGCGUAGGUGUGCGGCGCGUUCCUGGCGGGGACGGAGCGCGCAGAUCUCGCGUGCGCUCGCAGCCCAGCCCGGCCCCCGCCCGGCGCCGCGAGCCGAGGUGUCGCCCGCGCCCGCGUCGCCGCCGUGCCCGCGAGCGGGAGCCGGAGUCGCCGCCGCCGCCCGAGUGCAGAAGAGCGCACGCCGAGGCUGUCUGUCACCGCCAUGGCCACUACGGUGACCUGCACUCGCUUCACCGACGAGUACCAGCUCUACGAGGAUAUUGGCAAGGGGGCGUUCUCUGUGGUCCGACGCUGCGUCAAGCUCUGUACCGGCCAUGAGUACGCAGCCAAGAUCAUCAACACCAAGAAGCUCUCGGCCCGAGAUCACCAGAAGCUGGAGAGAGAGGCUCGAAUCUGCCGCCUUCUGAAGCACUCCAACAUCGUGCGUCUCCAUGACAGCAUCUCCGAGGAAGGGUUCCACUACCUCGUCUUCGACCUCGUCACCGGCGGGGAGCUCUUCGAGGACAUUGUGGCCAGAGAGUACUACAGUGAGGCGGAUGCCAGUCACUGCAUCCAGCAGAUCCUGGAGGCGGUUCUCCAUUGCCACCAAAUGGGGGUCGUCCACAGGGACCUCAAGCCUGAGAACCUGCUCCUGGCCAGCAAGUGCAAGGGGGCGGCCGUGAAGCUGGCAGACUUCGGCCUGGCUAUCGAGGUGCAGGGGGACCAGCAGGCUUGGUUCGGGUUCGCCGGCACGCCGGGCUACCUGUCCCCCGAGGUGCUGCGCAAGGAGGCCUACGGCAAGCCGGUGGACAUCUGGGCGUGCGGCGUGAUCCUGUACAUCCUGCUGGUGGGCUACCCGCCCUUCUGGGACGAGGACCAGCACAAGCUGUACCAGCAGAUCAAGGCCGGCGCCUACGACUUCCCGUCCCCCGAGUGGGACACAGUCACACCUGAAGCCAAAAACCUCAUCAACCAGAUGCUGACCAUCAACCCCGCCAAGCGCAUCACUGCGCAUGAGGCACUGAAGCACCCAUGGGUCUGCCAACGCUCCACGGUGGCCUCCAUGAUGCACAGGCAGGAGACGGUGGAGUGCCUGAAGAAGUUCAACGCCCGCAGGAAGCUCAAGGGCGCCAUCCUCACCACCAUGCUGGCCACCCGGAAUUUCUCAGUGGGCAGACAGACCACCGCUCCGGCCACAAUGUCCACCGCGGCCUCCGGCGCCCCCGUGGGGCUGGUGGAACAAGCAGCCAAGAGUCUGCUCAACAAGAAAGCGGAUGGAGUCAAGCCUCAGACGAACAGCAGCAAGAACAGCGCAGCCGCCACCAGCCCCAAGGGGGCGCUCCCUCCGGCCGCCCUGGAGCCUCAAAGCACCGUCAUUCAUAACCCUGUGGAUGGGAUCAAGGAGUCGUCCGACAGCACCCACACCACCAUAGAGGACGAGGACACAAAAGCGCGGAAGCAGGAGAUCAUCAAGAUCACUGAGCAGCUCAUUGAGGCUGUGAACAAUGGCGACUUCGAGGCCUACGCGAAAAUCUGCGACCCAGGCCUGACCUCAUUUGAGCCUGAAGCUUUGGGCAACCUGGUCGAAGGGAUGGAUUUUCACAGGUUCUACUUCGAGAACUUGCUCGCCAAAAACAGCAAGCCGAUCCACACGACCAUCUUGAACCCGCACGUGCACGUCAUCGGGGAGGACGCCGCCUGCAUCGCCUACAUCCGCCUCACGCAGUACAUCGACGGCCAGGGCCGGCCCCGCACCAGCCAGUCCGAGGAAACCCGCGUGUGGCACCGCCGCGACGGCAAGUGGCAGAACGUGCACUUCCACUGCUCGGGCGCGCCCGUAGCUCCGCUGCAGUGAAGAGCCCGACGGAUCGCGUUCGGCGCGCAGCCGCCCUGGCGCACGGCCUGCCUGUCGCAUGUUUGUGUCUGCCUCUUCCUCCCCGGUGCCUGUGUCUGCAGAAAACCAAGACCAGAUGUGAUUUCUUUUUAAAAACAAGAUGACAGCAACAACCACACACACACACACACACACACACACACACGAUGUCGGAUGAAAUGGGAAACAAACUAAACAAAGGAAAAAGCUGUAAAAA